GGGGCGGCGGCCGCGCCGCCGUUAUUGCCGUUGAGCGCAGCGGCUUUACCUCACCUGCCGCCGUCAUGUGGAGAGCGGUCGCCGCCGCCUCGGCCCCGGCGAGGGUCCUGUGCCGCGCUCCGCCGCCGCCCCCCCUCCCACCGCCGCGGCGGCGGGCCGUCAGCGUGGCCGUGUCCCCCGCCGCCGGCCUGGCGGACGAGCGGGUGGAGACGCGGGUGGCGGGGCUGGGCCCGGGGCAGCCGGUGACCCUGCGGGCAGUGGCGGCCGACGAGCGCGGCUGCCUCUUCCAGUCGUGCGCGCACUACCGGGCGGACAGCCGCGGCGAGCUGCACCUGGGCACGGACGCCUCGCACGGCGGGGACUACACCGGCGUGGAGCCCAUGGGGCUCUUCUGGAGCCUCGCCCCCGCCGGCAUGGAGAGGCCGUACCAGCGGCUCGUUCCGCGCAGCACCGGCACCCCGAUGAAGGUGGAGAUGUUGGUCCACCAGGGCCACAGCCUGCCCGGCGCCAUCCCCGGGACGGUGGUGGCCAAGGCCGAGGUGGAGAGGUGGUUCACGGCCCCCGGCGUGCGGAGGAUCCGGCUGAAGGAGGGAGGCGUAAGGGGCUCCCUCUUCCUGCCGCCGGGGGAUGGCCCCUUUCCAGGAGUGAUUGACAUGUACGGUGAUGAAGGAGGUUUGAUUGAAUUUAGAUCCAGUCUCCUGGCUACCCGUGGUUUUGCUGCUCUUUCUCUGCCAUAUUUUGAUUUUGAAGAUCUGCCUAAGGUCAUGAAAGAAUUCAAACUCGAGUAUUUUGAGGAGGCAGCUAGAUUCCUACGGCGUCACCCGAAGGCAAAAGCAACAACUAUCAAAGAAGCUCUAGCCAAAUGGGAAGAAAAAAAUGGCCAGAAGGCUUCAGAGGCAAAGGAGGUGAAACUGUACGGUCAGAUUCCUCCUGUAGAGAGGAUGGAUGAAUCUCUCUCCACACUUGUUAACUGCGAGAAACUAUCGCUGUCUACAAACUGCAUUGAAAGAAUCGCCAACUUGAACAGCCUAAAAAAUUUGAGGAUUCUGUCUUUGGGAAGAAAUAACAUAAAGAACUUGAAUGGAUUGGAGGCAGUUGCAGAUACUUUAGAGGAGCUGUGGAUCUCAUACAACUUCAUUGAGAAACUGAGGGGUAUCCGUGUGAUGAAGAAGCUGAAGGUUCUUUAUAUGUCAAAUAAUUUGGUGAAAGACUGGGCAGAGUUUGUGAGACUGGCAGAGCUGCCAUUACUAGAGGAUCUGGUGUUUGUAGGCAAUCCACUACAAGAAAAAUACGCCUCUGAUCAGAAGAACAAUUGGAUUGAAGAAGCAACCAAACGGGUACCCAAGCUGAAAAAGCUGGAUGGUACCCUAGUUAUUAAACAAGAAGAAGAUGAAGAAGGAGCAAACUGAUGACACUUUCUUCUUGGGUAUUUAAUUAUUUAAGUAACUCCAGAUAGCUCGGCACAUAGAACUUUUAUACAAAAUGUUUGUUUUGAAGAAAAUCUUUGGGCAAUUUUUGAAAGACCAGCUUGUGUCCACAGUCUGUCACCCAAAGAGUUAGUUACCAAAAUUUGGGCGCACCAGUUUGUCAAGCUUAUGACACCUUCUGUAGAGACCAGUGGAGCUGAGUUUAUCUGCUGUUUGGCUAGCAAGAGAUCUUUACCUAAACUAAUACAUAGCUAUUUUUAAUCCCUGAUUAGUGGUGCUUGUUGUUCACUGUUGGGUUAUAAUAGAACCAUUUCAGCUUGUUAGGUGCAGCUGGCCAACAUUAUCAUUGGAAACACUGAGGCCAAAAGAACUAUGUUGUCGUUUAGACACACAUUACAGGCUUUGUUGUGUUUAAUUUUGUCUUGGGACUCCCUCAAUAUUUUAAAUAUGCAAGUUUGCCUUUUCAUCCCCUUAACUGUUACGCCAAACAGGCCCAGUAGUUGUGGACCUAUGCACAAAAAAGGUAUUGGUCUGAUAAUUGCUUGUUACUGGCCUUAAGUUUUUAAUUGGGCUUCUUGCAUUGGAACUCAACUGCAUUGCUUAGAAGGUCAUGUAUAACUUAUAUAUUUAUUUAUUUUAAAGAGGCAAUGGGAAUUCUUUGCAUGGUUUCAGUGAGACUAAAAUAUCUGCUAGCUUUUUUUGUUGUUUCUUACUAAGAAAUUAUUUUAGAUUGGAAUAUGUCGCCUAUUAACCUACAGCUGGUUCCUAGUUUUGGUUUGGGUCACUGGUGGACAUAAUCCUUCUCAGCUCCAGAAUUUUCCUAUAACUAAGUAGGCUGAUACUAAUACAGAAACAAACAGUGAACAAAAGACCUGGGCUUGAGGACAGAAAAUUCUGGUUUUGGGGAUACUCAUUUUUUAUGAAAGCACAGAUGUAAGCAGUGAGAGAAAGUGUAUGUAGUUAGUGGGGAAGGUGAGAUGAGAUGGAAAGUGAGCAUUGGAAAAAAAAGUAUUGAAGAUGUACUAAAUGUGCGAUAUUGCAGGGUAACCAGUUUUAGUAAAGCCCCCUUUAUGUGACAAGUAACUAUUUUUAGUGAAAAGCAUUAAACAAUGAUGAAGACAUACCUGAUUGCACUGUUGGAUGCCAAUAGUGGUUUGGUUUUUUUUCUUCUCUUUAGAGAAUAGAUCAAGUCACCCGAGUAGGUUUUUUCUGCAGCUUGUUUUUAUUGCUUCUUUUUUAAAAGCUUUUCUUCUAAUUCAUGGUACCAUCUUUGUUUAAAUUAAAAUGGCAACAAGUAUAUCUGCUGGUUCCAGACAAGGCAUAGAAGGGAUGGAGGCAGAACGCCACUCUUAAUUAUUUUGUUUGUGAAGAUGUGGCAGGAGUUGAAAUCUUGGAAGUCAUGGCCAGAGAUAAAAAGGUAGAAUUGGCCCACACGACAGUGGUAUUGAUCUCAAGCUCCAAUUAUAAUGGUAGUAGAAGAUAUUCUCCCUCUAAUCAAUUUCUAAGCGAACAGUGUGAAGUAGAAGAUUACAAGACAAUCACAGUUUAGAUCCAUUACUUAAAAUAAGGUCAAGAGAGCAAUGGCAAAAACUGUGGACAUUCUUCACCUAGCACAAACUAUUUCCAAGCAGCUGUUCUCUUGACCAGAAAGCAGUUUCUUAGUUAACUAGCUCACUGGAUUUAUCCUACAGGCAACUUUAUAUUUGCUUUUAAUUUCUUUUAGAAUUAUUCUCGUAGCUUUAUCAUUAGUAAAGGCACCAUUGACCAAAAAGCACGAUGGAAGAGAGGGUAUAUAGUCAACAGCCAUUUCAUAUUGGCUUCUUUUAAAACUAAGCCAUUCAAUUCACUUGCAGCCAACCACUUUUGGCAAAAUGGCUGUGCUUUGGCAGUACACAGCCUACGGCACAUUCAGCCCUUACUGACCCCAUCUGCUGUGGCCGGGCAAUAGGGGAUUGGCUUGUGCCCUUGACGACCAUAAUUAAAGUGUGGUUAACGUGAGCCAGAACUUGAGUGGAGCAAAACUUGACUUCUGAAUAUUACCAACAAACGGAAAUGCCAAAUUAAUCUGUGUGUUUGGAGACAUUUUCAGAAUAGACCAUGCAGUGCUCUUGUCCUAGCGCUUGGCCACAAAGUGUUUGAACCUCUGUAGCUGGUCUCUCCUAGCACAAAGGCUACAAGUAGGGUACAUAUGGGUAGGUUAAGCUCCUCGAAUGAAAUGUGACAGGAGAGAGAGUGAGUGAUGAGCACACAGUCCAAUGCCAAGUAAUCCUCCUGGUUGAUUUUUUAGUAUCUAAAUAUGGUCUAAGUGUACAUUUCUGAAGGUCGUGUUAGAUACAGCAAAUACUCUACACUUUGGCUAUUUUGGGACAUUCUGAGAGCAGAAUAGAAUCUUACUGUUCUGACUAUGUGGUGAUGAUUGGAACGAAACGCAGCUCCAUUGACAAGACAUGAGGGAUAAGAGCAGUUCCUGGCUCUUGUAAGUGACCAAUACAGGCUAUAUGUAUGGGAAUCAGUCCAAGAACUACUGCAGUUGGUGGUAGAGCUGUGUGUAUUGUGUGGCCCACUGUCAUCAGGUCUUUUCACAGAUUUAACAGCACAAAUUCUCUAGCUCUUUUUUGGGGGCCGCAUUAUAAAUACCACCAAAAAAGAAAAAAAAAUCAUUAUUGAAGGAAUGGAGCAUCCAGUCUCAGCACAAUUAUAACAGCAGUAAGGGACACUUACAGUACAAGAUUUCCCUUGCCUUUCGCCCUUCAUGCUGUGAUAAAUUAGUAUAUAUUUUAAAACCCUUCUGAUAAAAACUGUAUGUCAAUCUCAAUGAAACAAUACAGUAAGAAAAGAAUAAACGGUGGCUCUUAUUUGUCAGGAGAUGCUUCAGCUCAAAGCUGGGUGGAAGGUUCAGCUUAAUGUUGCUUUGCCUGAUGAAUCAUGAUUAUUCUCAAGAACAGAUCAACCCCCCCUGAACUUUUUCUCCUCCAAAAGAAGUAAAGUUUCCCUAAAUUUUAAAAUUUGCACUUUAAAAUUAUGCACUGGAUGUGGUGGAAGACAUACACAGGUGGUAGAAUUUAAGCAGCUAAUUUGCAUAUUGAUGGUGCUACACCAUGUCAUGUAUAAGCUAACAGUGAAGCUUGGCCUGCGUGCCCGUAGGGAGCGGCUGAGUAAAAUGUUGAAAGGCUUGUCUUUCUGUAUUACUCUUUGCUCUUCCUCAUCACACCACAUCCAAUAAAGUUGUAAGCACAUUAUUAUUCAUGGAUGAAAAGAGCACCCAUGUAAAACUUGCAAGCCAUGUGGAAUUCUGCUUUUCCCAGUGAAAUUAUGGAGGAUUAGCAUCCACUUUAUUCCUGAGAGAAAUAUCCUAAAAUUAAAUUAGUGAUAGGAAAUAGCUAGGUUUUUUACUUGCUUGUUAGCACACUGACCUCUCUUCGAAGAGCUGAUGUAUGCAGUGAUUAUAUUGAGAACUGCUGGAAAAAUGUGAGAAGAGACCUGAGAACCAGCAGAUGACUCAGGUUACACCAGAAUUAGACUCAUCUAGAAAAAUCUUCAAGCAAGAGAGCACUUUUAACAUCCCCGUUGGCUAUCUUUUGUAUACAGUAAUUUUGUAGCAUGACCAAACUGUUAUAUUUGCUGUGUUUAAAUUAUUUAGGCCUAUGUUUAUAAAUGUUAUUCUGUGAAACUUGUUUAAAAAUAAUAUAACGUUAUUUUAUACAAACAUCUUUGGCUGUUGUGUAAUGAAAUAGUUGAGCUUGUGGAGAGCAUUCAGAAAUUAAAUUGUGUUCUCAUUAAACUUUCCUAGCUGCUCAGGGAGCAAUGUAUUUAUACUAUGUAAAUGCUGUUCCUUAUUGCCUCUAUAUUUUAGAAUAGAAAAUAACUUAGACUUUAAAAAUGCUGAUAUAUUGUGAUUGUUGUCAUCUGAUACAUAAAUAUUUUUGAAUCUUUUGAGA